CAAUGUGAAGGUGCAGGAGCUAUCGUUAAUUAGUGACCUACACUACCAUGAAACAACCGAAGAUAUUAGUAUGAGCUCUGUGGACCACUGAUGUUAGUGUUUUCCAUGGGAUGUGACACAGUACUGGCCACAUUAUAGUUUGUUAAAACGUGUCAGAAAAAGGGUUAAGGGAUGCAUUUACUUCAGCCAUGUUUUCCAUAAGGCAGAAAAGCUGUCAUCUGUAGCACCUCAACCACCACCUCUUGCCAAGAAACACAGACAAAGAACAAAAGCUGGUUGUUAAAGUAAUAAUCAGGCCAAACAAAAUGGUGAUGUUAAGAGUUUCUUUAGUUUCUCCAUUUUUACAGUAAUAAUGAAAGCAUAAGUAUAAUUUGAUCUGCUGUCACUAUAAAUGCAGGCAGAAAAAUUAACGCUCACAUCUGGAUUAUUGUUUGAAAAGUUCAUUGUGCAUUCACAUGUGAAAUCCUGUGUGACUGUCUGCACAUAUCACCAUAAAACAGCUGAAUAGAGUUAUUGUUUAUUCUAAAAACAAAAACCAACCUGCCCAGUGAUAAGAUGCUAUACUGAACACUGUGACUUUUCAAUCAAUCAACCAUUGUUUAUAUUUUUGGGUGGAAUUCCAAACCAGCAGUGUCAGUUUGUGCAGCUGUAGGCUGGAGAUUGUUAGUUCAUUAACUCUGUAGUCAAACAGUUUCAGAAGGAAAGAAAGACUUUGUUCUUUCUGGUUCAAUUUAAUCUGUUCAUUUGCAUUAGUUUUUGCCCGAACAGCAGACUACUUUGAUCAUACAUCUCUUUUAGGUUCAAAGUGCUAAAAAUGAACUGUGACAAAAAGGGGCUCUUGCACAACUGAUCUUCUGUUGACAAAGAGAUAAGCACAUGUACGUCGCAUGCUGUAUGAGUGCAAGAUAUCAUGAGGGUAAUGUGAUAAAAAUCUGAUGCAGUUAAAUAAGCCCUAAAAAUACUUUUUUCCAGUUAGAAUCUUUGGCCCAGUUUGGAUUUUGUACAUUGGCACACAUGAGUGCUCAAAGGCUGCAGCAGCUCAAGGGUCAUCUUUUGCAUGAUAAUAAGAUGUCAGCGAUGGCAGGCCCUGUUAGUCCACUGUCCACCCAUGUACUGAACACUGCGAUGGGUGUCCCUGGGUCAAACAUGUCCCUCAGCCUUCAUCGACAGGACCCAUCUACUGAAGCCUGGAGUUUGAUUACAACAGGGACAACUAAUGAAGAUGGACGCUGCCCAGGACUGAUCUCAAAACAAAUGUUUGUACCUGGUGUUUACAAAAUGCGAUUUGAGACUGGACAGUACUGGGAAACUAUCGGCGAGUCCAGCUUUUACCCAUAUGUGGAGAUUGUCUUCAUUAUAAAAGACCCCGGACAAAGAUAUCAUGUCCCUCUGCUCCUGAGUCGCUUCUCCUACAGUACUUAUAGGGGGAGUUAGAAAUCAAGAGUAAUGAACUUCAUGACACAUCUUUUAUUCAUCAACUACUAACAAAUCACAGCAGAUGUAAAUCAACAUCAGCGGUCUUGUACACUUUCACACCUGUAGAAGAAAUAUAAGCUGCAUUUGAUGAGGUAGUCUGCAUAUUCUAGAAUGAUCAUCAAAAGAACUGUCUUUGUAAUGAAUUGCAGUGUUACCCUGCUGAUACAAUAUUAGGGUUCCAAAAUGAUUUUCAGCAGUUAUGAACAUUUACAGUAUUAUAUAGGAUUACCAUAUCAUCUGUUCACUGUUUAGUGCAGGGAUCUGCAGCUCCUGAGUAAGAUGUGGCUCAUAAUUCAGGCUCCUGAACCAAUAAACCCUGACAAACAUAUGAAAUGAAGAACAUAUAUUGUUUUAACAUUUUGCUGUCAUUGUUAUAGCCCUAAAACCAUUUGUACAUUGCCCAUCUGUAAAAAUGCACUGAGAAUAAACACAAUAAAAACCUUUUUUUAAUGUUUCAU